AUGGUUCUCAAUAACUCUACUCUCAGUCAACUUGGAAAAUCUGGUCUUAGGAUCAACCAUGCAGUUGUCGGCACUAUGCUCUUAACAGUGGAUGUUAAGGAUGGUGUCGGCUGGGGAGAAGUAGGAGAGACCGAAUCGCUCAAAAUAUUGAAGAAAUGCUAUGACGAGGGUUUGCGUACUUUUGAUACUGCUGAUGCUUAUACUAAUGGCGGCGGCGAAAGAAUAAUUGGCAAAUUCUUGAAGCAUUAUAAUAUCCCGAGAGAGGAUGUGGUUAUUAUGACUAAAUGCUACUUCUCGGCGGUCGAUUUUAAGGGAGGAGACCCGGAUGUCUUAGACUUUAAUCAUAGAGGUUUAUCUAGAAGACAUAUUCUUGACGCUGUUAAGGGUUCGGUAGAAAGAUUAGGAACUCACAUCGACUUGCUUCAGAUCCACAGAUUAGACGAAGAUGUUCCUAAGGAAGAGAUAAUGCGUGCUUUAAAUGAUGUUGUUGAAAGUGGGCAGGCCAGGUAUCUUGGUUCAUCAUCAAUGAAAGUGUAUCAAUUCAUCGAGUUGCAACACACAGCAGAGAUACACGGGUGGCAUAAAUUUAUUUCGAUGCAGAGCUUGUACAAUUUGCUUUAUCGGGAAGACGAACGGGAACUUAACGAGUAUUGUAACAAAACUGGAGUUGGUUUAAUACCAUGGUCACCAAAUGCGAGAGGUUUACUUGCCCUUCCUUUCAACUCGGAGAAGACUCAAGAAAAGUUGAAAAAUAAUAUAAUUACUACAAUUUUGGGACUCGAUAUUGAACAAGACAAAGUAAUCAUUAACAGAGUUGAGGAAUUAAGCAAGAAGCUCGGGUGUGAAAUGGUUGAAGUCUCCUCCGCCUGGUUACGUGCUAAGGGAGCACACCCAAUAAUAGGUGUCACUCUGGAGGACGCGGUUGAUUCUAUUGUAAAGAUGGCAAAUAUCAAGCUUACUGAUGAACAAGUUAAAUACCUCGAGGAGCCCUACCGCGCAAAACCUUCAGCUUUCUUGGUACGCUAG